UUUUCUUUUUUUCCUUUUUUUUUUUCUCUCCACCGCUCUCCACCGCCAAACAUAUUUGUUUUGGAACCUGGUUAGUUUGGGUGGCAAGAUAUUUUUCUGGUCCGUGACUGAGAAAUCAGUGAAUUGUUGCCUAACGUGAUUGAUGUCUUGAUUUUCUUACCUUUUUUUUGUUGGGUUUUUUGAGGGCAGAUUCCUGAUUUCUGAAUUGUGAAAUCUAGCAGAGAGAGAUGUCAUCACGUUUUUGGACUGCUCAGGGUGACAGUGACACUGAGGAGGAGGAGAGUGAUUAUGAGGAUGGAGUUGAAAGGGGAGGAGCAGCAGGUGAGUCUGCACCACAUGCUGGCAGCAGAUACCUACAGGCUAAUGCUAGUGAUAGUGAUGAUUCUGAUGGUCAAAAGCGUGUUGUGCGAUCUGCUAAAGACAAGCGGUUUGAGGAGAUGUCUGCUACUGUUGAUCAGAUGAAGAAUGCUAUGAAGAUCAAUGACUGGGUCAGCCUACAAGAGAGCUUUGACAAAAUAAAUAAGCAGCUUGAGAAAGUCAUGCGGGUUACAGAAUCUGAUAAAGUUCCUACCCUUUACAUUAAGGCGCUUGUGAUGUUGGAGGACUUUUUGAGUCAGGCUUUGGCAAAUAAGGAUGCCAAGAAGAAGAUGAGUAGUAGUAAUGCCAAGGCCCUGAACUCAAUGAAACAGAAAUUGAAGAAGAACAAUAAGCAGUAUGAAGAUCUGAUUAAUAAGUAUAGGGAACAUCCUGAGAGCGAAGAAGAAGGUGACGAGGAUGAGGAGAUGGAGGAGGAUGAGGAUUCUGGCUCAGAGUUUGUGGAGGACCCUUCUGAAGAAGAUGAGGAUGGAGAGGAUAGAGAAGAUAGUGAUGCUGAUGCUGAUGCUGGUGGGGGUUGGGAGAAAAAGAUGAGCAAGAAAGAUAAGCUAAUGGACAAGCAGUUCAUGAAGGACCCAAGUGAGAUUACAUGGGAUACGGUUAACAAAAAAUUCAAGGAGAUUGUAGCUGUUCGUGGUAGGAAAGGAACUGGAAGGAUUGAGCAGGUCGAACAGCUUACUUUUUUGACAAGGGUUGCCAAGACCCCUGCCCAAAAGCUGGAGAUCCUUUUCAGUGUCGUUUCUGCUCAGUUUGAUGUUAAUCCAAGUCUUAGUGGGCACAUGCCAAUAAAUGUGUGGAAGAAGUGUGUGCAGAAUAUGCUUGUUAUACUUGACAUUCUAGUUCAGCAUUCAAACAUUUUGGUGGAUGAUGUUGUUGAGCCUGAAGAGAAUGAAACCCAAAAAGGAGCAGACUAUAAGGGGACAAUUCGAGUUUGGGGAAAUUUGGUUGCCUUCCUUGAGAGGAUAGAUGUGGAGUUCUUUAAGAGCUUGCAGUGCAUUGAUCCACACACUCGCGAGUAUGUUGAAAGACUGAGGGAUGAGCCUUUGUUUCUUGUGCUUGCCCAAAAUGUCCAGGAUUAUUUAGAGCGAGUCAGGGAUUUCAAGGCUGCUUCAAAGGUAGCUCUGAGGCGGGUUGAGCUCAUCUAUUAUAAACCACAGGAGGUGUAUGACGCAAUGAAAAAUUUGGCUGAACAAACAGAAGAUACAGAGAACGGAGAAUCAGAGGCAGGUGAGGAGCCCAGAGUUGAAGAAAGUAGGGGUCCACCUGCAUUUGUUGUUACUCCUGAGGUGGUGCCUCGAAAACCCACAUUUCCAGAGAAUAGUAGGACUCUGAUGGAUAUUCUAGUUUCCCUCAUAUACAAUCAUGGGGAUGAACGGACUAAGGCUCCUAUGCUCUGUGACAUUUACCACCAUGCUAUCCUGGAUGAGUUUUCAACUGCCCGUGAUCUGUUGCUGAUGAGUCACUUGCAGGACAAUGUUCAGCAUAUGGACAUUUCAACCCAGAUCCUUUUUAACAGGGCCAUGGCACAGCUUGGACUGUGUGCAUUUAGGGUUGGACUGAUUGCUGGACAUGGUUGCCUGUCUGAACUAUAUUCAGGAGGGAGAGUAAAGGAAUUGCUGGCACAAGGUGUUUCACAAAGUCGGUACCACGAGAAGACUCCAGAGCAGGAGAGGAUUGAAAGGAGACGACAGAUGCCUUACCACAUGCACAUAAAUCUUGAGCUCCUGGAGGGAGUCCAUCUAAUAUGUGCCAUGCUCCUGGAGGUCCCAAACAUGGCUGCCAAUACGCACGAUGCCAAGCGCAAGGUUAUAAGUAAAACAUUUCGGCGGUUGCUUGAGGUGAGUGAAAGGCAGACAUUCACUGGCCCACCUGAAAAUGUUAGAGACCAUGUAAUGGCUGCCACCAGGGCCCUUAGCAAGGGGGACUUCCAGAAAGCCUUUGAUGUUAUCAAGUCCCUUGAUUUUUGGAAGCUCCUCAGGAACCGUGAGGAUGUCCUUGAGAUGCUGAGGGCAAAGAUAAAGGAAGAGGCUCUGAGGACCUACCUUUUUACCUACUCACUAUCCUAUAAUACUCUGAGCUUGGACCAGCUUACCAAAAUGUUUGACCUUUCAGAAACUCUGACCCACAGUAUCAUCAGUAAGAUGAUGGUCAUGGAAGAGUUGCAUGCAAGCUGGGACCAGCCCACCCGUUGCAUUGUUUUCCACGAUGUGGAGCACACAAGGCUGCAGGCCUUGUCAUUCCAGCUGACAGACAAGCUGACAAUUCUUGCAGAAAACAACGAGCGGGCAUAUGAGGCUAAAAUAGGUGGUGGUGGGUUGGAUCUGCCACUAAGGCGGAGGGAUGGCCAGGAUUAUGCUGGUGCAGCUUCUGUUGGUGGUAAAUGGCAGGACAACUUUUCUUUCAGUCAGGGAAGGCAAGGUGGUGUGCGCUCUGGAUAUGGUGUGGGUGGGAGGCCAUUAGGUCCUGGCUCUUCUGCAGGCACCUUUUCAAGGGACAGAGGUGGUCAGUCACGAGGAACAGGAGGCUAUUCAGGGGGCUACCAGAGCACUCGGUAUCAAGAUGCUGCAUAUGGGAGGACUGCUUAUCAGACUAGUUCAGCUGUAAGGGGAUCCCAGAUGGAUACUUCAACCCGCAUGGUCAGUCUGAACAGGGGUGUUCGUGCUUAGUGUAGUAAAUCAAAAGUUGAAUUGGACACAGUUACGAGGUGUGGUUUUGGCUCUUCAAAAGCAGGUUCUGCUCCAUUGGAUCUGAUUUUGAAUUUUUUCUAUUAAGCUAUAAAAUUUGUUAAGGCACAAGUUUAUUUAUAUCUUUUUUAUUAUGUACUUGCGGCAAUUAAAAGACCGGGAAAUGCAGCGAGUAGCUUCUAAUGUUGGUUUACUUAUAUUCAGAUUGGUGCAAAAACUCAUUUAACUUUGUGAUUUUGUGAUUUGUGAAUUUGGCUUC